UGGAAGUCCAGAACUGAGAGCACCUGUACUUGAAUCUUUUUUUUUUUUUUAAGCGCUCCCCUGCUGCUCCCUCUUGCAACCAGUAUUCAAAGUGGCUAACCAGAUGUCUCAAAGAACGUCAUAAGCCGCCCAUGAAGGCAACAGUCCUCCCUCACGACUUACACCCCCAGCAAGCCCUGGAGCAGUAUUCAACGAUAUACCACCACUGAGCAUGGAGGUUCCACAGAGUCAUCAAAUCAAAGGACUCUGGGCUUCCAUGCCAGGGAAAUGGCUACUGAGAAAAGGGGAACGGUGUCCUUUUGCCCCAGUUUCCAAAUUCCAGGAAUCAAAGCAGAGAAGCAGGACACGGCAGGACCCGAUCCGGGGGAGGGAUCCAAAGGAGCAAGGGAAACCCCUCGUGUUGUGAAGACUGAGGGUCUGAGGGGAUUUCUGCAGUGGGCUGCUCCUCAGCAAGUGAAAGAGGAACCAGAUGCCAGACGGCUGCCGUGCUGGGAUGCCCAGUGGCAGGAGGUCCUGAAGGCGGUGUGCUCCCCUUGCCCAGGACGGAGGCUGCUGGAGUCCACGUCGGAGAACGAUGCAAAGAUGUUACUGGGCCCUCUUGUCAGCCUGGCUGAGCACGGUCAGUGGCCCACAGAGGAGAGGGGGGGUUGGGUAUUGCCAGGACCCAGCCGAGAAGCUUAUCAGACCUUUAGCGAAAUAACCUCCGGAGACAGGGGAGAGGACGGGAAUCCUGUCAGGAGGAAGCCCAGUUGCCAACCCUUCCGGCAGUUCCUCUACCAGGAAGCGGAGGGGCCCCGGGAGGCAUGCAGCCGGCUCCGGGAGCUCUGCUGUCAGUGGCUGGAACCGGAGAGACGGAGCAAGGAGGAGAUUUUGGAGCUGGUGAUCCUGGAGCAGUUCCUGGCUAUCCUCCCCCCGGAGAUGCAGAGCUGGGUCAGGGAAGCGGGACCAGAGACCUGCUUACGGGCAGUGGGUCUGGUGGAGGAUUUCUUGCUGAGGCGACAAGGGGCCAAGAGGCUGAAGCAACAGGAAUUGGGGCCAUAUGAGGAAGUGGUUGUGAAUUUUCCAAAGGAAGAGGAGGAAACUCAGAUGGACCCCGAGGAAAGACCCCUUGUCAGGGAAGCCCAGCAGGAGUGUGCUGCGGAAGAAGGUCUGCAAGGAUUUGGUCCUGAGGAGAAAGAAGAUCGGGAUCAUAUAAAAAUAAUUGAACAACUGGAACCCAAUGAGAUCUCUUUGCAGGAAGCUGAAAUUGACGUCAUUCCGAUCCAGAACCAUGCAGGAGAAUUCUGGGAGAGCAAAGGGAGGAGGCGGACAGGAGAGAAACCUUACAAAUGCUUGGAGUGUGGGAAAAGCUUCAUAUAUGGGUCGGACCUCAUUAAACAUGAGAGGACCCACACAGGGGAGAAACCAUUCGUGUGUACAGGCUGUGGGAAACGCUUCAGCCAGAGCUCCCACCUCAUUUCCCAUGAAAGGGUCCACACGGGAGAGAAGCCCUACAAGUGCUUGGCCUGUGGAAAAAGCUUUGGCUGGAGAUCAGACCUUGUUAGACACCAGAGAAUCCACACAGGAGAGAAGCCGUAUAUAUGCCCAGACUGUGGGAGGAGCUUCAGUGCAAGCUCAGACCUUACCCGGCAUCAGAAAACCCAUGUGGGAGACAAGCCCUAUAAAUGCCCAGUUUGUAGAAGAACAUUUAGUCAGAGAUCGCAGGUCGUUAGCCACCGGAGAAUCUGCACAGUGGGGAAUUGCUGAAACUGGAACCAUGCACUUACAAAGUUGCCUUCUUGAGAUUCUUUAAGGAUCAGUUUUUAAUGUGAUCUGUUGCCUGAAUUUCUGCCGAGUGGGAGCACAUUCUGUGCUUGCUUCAUUUUCUGCACUUUGUUAAAGAGAGGUGUCAGGUACAUUUAAAAAAUAUAAGCAUUCAAAGAUCUGUUCACACAUGGAAAGGCUGCGCCAUAAGCAGUGGGCACCAGGUGGUACAGGGAAGCAUGUGAGGUGGGAGGGGGAUCUUGCCACCCCACUGACAUCCCAAAAACCUGCUGCUGGAUGCAAUCGUCUCAUCUUUCCUCAUGAAAGGACCGGCCCUGCUUAGCUCUCUGCUUAUGCCCCAAAAAUCCGACAGAAAAAGUGGAUUGUUUUUACCCCAGACAUAAAUCAGGCUACUCUCUAACGCACAAUGAAAAUCUCGAAUCAUGUCUAGAGUGCUCCCCAAUAGCUCACAGGUACUUCGAGGUAAAUCUGGCUAAUAUGUGAACACACACCCUCCAUUCCGGAGGAGAAGCGAACUAAAAGCCCCAUCUGGAAAUGCUCCAGGUAGGGCUGGGAGAAACUCCUGCCUGAAACCUUGGAAUGCUGCUGCCAGCCAGUGCAGACAGUACUUAGCCUGAUGGACCAAUGGUGUGACUCAAUAUAAGGUUGCUUCCUAUGUUCCUAAGACCUCAUUUGGAGACUUAGCUUUUGGAGACCUGGGGAAGGGAGCUAAAUACGAAAGCCUAACAAUAACACCAGCAACUCACAAGAGAAACAUUUUAACAAGACACUCCCCAAAAGCAAAAAUAGGGAUACCAUAUACCAGCAAAAAGGGAUGGCUAGAACAUACAAUCAAGUAGCACCACUCUUGGGACUUGAUAUUGGAAAAGUAGUUCCAAAGGGGCUUGUUGCAGAUUCCUCCUUUGUAUUCAUUAAAUGGUGUCAACAGGAAUAAGGUCCCCACCCCUCCAGAAUUGGCCUGAAGUCUCCAGAAACAUAGGCAGCUGCCAUAUACCGAAUCAGACCAUUGGUCCAUCUAACGCAGUCUACCCAGACUGGCAGCGGCUUCCCCAAGGCAGGCAGGAGUCUCUCUCAGCUCUAUCUUGGAGGUGCCAGGGAGGGAACUUGGAACCUUCUGCAUGCGAGCAGGCAGGCAGGUGCUCUUUCCAAAGCGGCCUCAUCCCCUAAGGGGAAUUUCUCACAGUGCUCAUACAAGUAGUCUUCCAUUCAAAUGCAAACAGGGCAGACGGUGCUUAGCAAAGGGGACAGUUCGUGCUUGUUACCACAAGACCAGCAUCAAUCUCCGGGGCAUUUUUCACACAGGGCUUAUAGCUCACAUCUCUUCCAGAAUGGAGGGUGUACAUUCAAUUACUGGCCAGAUUUACCCCAAAGUUCCUGCGAGCUAUCGGGGAGUACCACACACACGAUUUGGGUUUUUCAUUGCGUGUUAAGAGUGUAGCCUGAUUUGUAUCCAGGGUUUAAAAAUCCACUUUUUGCACUGGGUUUUUUGUUGUUUUUGUUUUUGGCAACUUUGAGCUUGCAGUGAAGCCUCGCAAUAAACUCAUGCAGUGGGGGAAAUAACUUGCCUAGGGAGCAAGAGGUUGCUCACUGGUUUGAAUUCCCGCUGGUAUGUUUUCCCAGACUAUGGGAAACACCUAUAUUGGGCAGCAGCGAUAUAGGAAGAUGCUGAAAGGCAUCAUCUCAUACUUCGUGGGAGGAGACCAUGGUGAACCCCUCCUGUAUUAUAUGAAAGAAAACCACAGGGCUCUGUGGGCGCCAGGAGACGACACCGACUCAACGGCACAACUUAGUUUGCUGUGUGAAAAAUGCCCAGGUGACUCUUGAAUGCAUUCAUGGAGAUUUGGAUGGAGAUUAGGGGAAAUAUUGGGGCAGUGGGAACAUCCAGGAAUAGCUUCAGUUGGAGUUGGCAACUCUAAAUGUUGGAAGACGCUUGAGUGAUACAGCCAAGCACAUAAUACUGAGUUAAACAUUGCCUAACUUGUCCUUUCAAUGACAAGUUUGAGUAAUUUUCCUCAUCAUGUCAGCCACUAUUCCAAGUGAGGUAGCGGAGUGCUGUGCAGAUGGGAAAUCAAAGCGGAGAAGCAGUUUUGGGCCAUGGUUUGCCUGUUGUUCAUCUGAGAACUCAAACCAGGAUGUCUGUGUCAUGGCGGGGGUGGGGGAGGUCUUAGCCAUGGUUAGCAGAAACCAUGGUUUCAUUACAACUGAGGGAGGGGCAGCGAGAAGUACCUUUUAAAAGUCCUUGUCGGGGAUACCGCCUGCUCCUGCAAGCUGUGGGGAGCAGCAGCGUGCUAUCUGGCAUUCUGCAUGGCAGCUGCCCCGUCUGCUGCACUCACCUGGCCUCUAUGCAUGCGGUACAUGCGUGUUGCUGACCACGCGAAUGGCUGCCACGCAUGUGCAGAGGCCAGGUGAGUAGUCACCAAAAGGGAUGCUGGGCAGCAUGGUGCUGCUCCUCAUGACUUGCAGGUACAUAGGAACAUAGGAAGCUGCCAUAUACGGAGUCAGACCAUUGGUCUAUCUAGCUCAGUAUUGUUGUCACAGCUUGGCAGCGGCUUCUCCAAGGUUGCAGUCAGGAAUUUCUCUCAGCCCUAUCUUGGAGAUGCUGCCAGGGAGGGAACUUGGAACCUCCUGCUCUUCCCAGAGUGGCUCCAUCCCCUGAGGGGAAUAUCUCACAGUGCUCACACUUCUAGUCUCCCUUUCAUUUGCAACCAGGGUGGACCCUGCUCAGCUAAGGGGACAGGUCAUGCUUGCUACCACAAGACCAGCACUAUACCGGCAAUAUUGCCUGUAUGGACUUUUAAAGGUACCUCUCCCCUCCCCCACCUGCGCCACCCUCACUGGCCACCACUGGGUUGAACCUAGCCACUGUUACACAAUUAGUAAGGGGAUGAGAACUUUGUCUCUAUCCACACCAACUUUUAGAGAGGUGACAUCGUGGGGCAUUCUGGGAAGCAGUUCCAAAUACAUUCAAAAGCUUGUCAGGAAAGCUGUGUCUUCAGGAGCAUCUUUCAAAGAACUCAAAAAUAUUGGAAGUUUCUAAUUGUGUGUGAAAGGCUUAUUUGCAAAACCCAUGGUUGGAAAAGCAUAAAAGCCCAAGUCUCUAGCAAUGGGCAAAAUACAGUAUUUCAAUAUAUCAAACAAUGCUUGCAUCUGUUUGGCUCAAUCUCUUGCAUAUCUCUUUCUGUGUGGUUGGGGAGACCCCCUGUUUUGCAUUUACCUAGAUACUAAUGCUACUUAAUAGUACCUUAUACAUGUAGAAUCCCUUCUGAGUGUACAAAGCACAAGUCAGACAUUUUCUUAGUCCUAAUCUUCACAACAGCCUGGUGAGGUAAGCCAGGUUUGGCUCUCAAAUGUAGGUUUAGGAUAGGUGUAACUCCCAAUCAGUGUGUAACAGGAGCGCUGCUACGAUUGCAUUCCCAAUGUGGAGAUGCUGGGCAUUGAACGUGGGAGCUUCUACAUGCAAAGCAGAUGUUCUGCCACUGGGCUAUGGCCCUAUCCCUUGUGCUAGAGAUUUGAAGGAGGAGGGAAAAACAGGUGCAGAACUGUGUAAUGUUUACUGGAUCUGUGUUUUAAUAAGUCAUUCCUCACUAGGAAUUCAUUUUAGGCCACAUUGAUGAAAAGGCAGGCUAUGUUUUGCCCCUGUGCCUUCUUUGUACUUUUGAGGGAUUUGGAAACGAGAAUAGUUCUGGAUGAGACAGGACUGAUUGCACACUUUUUAACUGCAGCAAAAAUUAGCCAUCCGUUCAAAAGGAAAGAAAAUGGAUUCACAAACUGUAUUACAAUUGUUUAUUUGAGUCUGACAUGUGAUUUACUUGUUUAGGCUGCAAUCCCAUGUAUGGGACUCUUUAAGGUUGAGUCCCAUUCAACACAGUAGGGCUUACUUCCAAGUAAACAUGUAUAGGAUUGCAGGGCUGCACAAUUUCUGCCUGCUGGUUGGACUACAACUCCCAUCAUCCCAGACUCUUGGCCACCAUCUCUGGGGAUCAGUGUUCCCUGUAACAGGGAUUUUCAGAUGUUGUUGACUACAGCUCCCAGCAUUCCCUGCUGCUGGCCUCUGGCUGAGUAUUAUGGGAGUGUUAGUCAACAGCAUCUUGGAAUUCCUGUUACAGAGAACAUUGCUGGGGAUGAAGGGAGCUGUAGUCCAACAACAGUGGGAGGGGCUGAAGUUGUGUAGCCCCACACUAAAGUAAAGUGUGCCAUCGGUGUUGACUCCAGGUGGCUACAGAGCCCUAUGGCAGUUUUUGGUAGAAUACAGGAGGGGUUUACCAUUGCCAUCUCCCGCUCAGUAUGAGAUCCUAUAUUGCUGCUGCCCAAUAUAGGUGUUUUCCAUAGCCUGGGAAACAAACCAGCGGGGAGUCGAACCAGCAACCUCUGGCUUGAUAAUCAAGUCAUUUCCCUACUGCACCAUUAGGUGGCUUAGCCCCACACUAUAUGUUACUAAAUUCAAUUAAAGUGUGAGAAGUGGGGGAAGUCUGGUGGUUUAUUUUUCUCCUCAGGAUUGAGCUUAUUUCUUCUAUUAUUAGAAUGACAAAGUACAAGAUAUGAUCCAACCAUUUGCCCUGCUAGGAAUUAUAUAAGCACCCUCAAGUCAUGCUGAUUAUUUAAUGAUUACUUUUCUUUUUCUCUGUUGGUAAUUUACAUUCAUUGCACUGGAAAACAUCUCUGUGUGUUUUUAUUGAUCUUGUACCAUGCAUAGAAUUAUGUGCAAUUAAA